AUGCUUAUAAUGGGAGAUAUAAACAGAGUAAAGGUCUAUUCUCUCUCUGAACUAGAAAAGAAAGAGAAAGUAGAGGUGUUCUUAUCAAAUGAAUUUGAUAUAUUUAAUAUAUCAGGAGUUGAUUCAAGAGAUAAAUCCUUUUAUAAAUCCUGUAUAAAAGAAGUAAAGAAUAAAAACAGCACAGAAUAUAGUAGCAAGUGUACAUUAAGUAAUCACAAGUAUACAGAAUAUAAUAAUAAGUGUACAUUAAGUAAUCACAAGUGUACAGAAUAUAGUAGCAAGUGUACAUUAAGUAAUCACAAGUAUACAGAAUAUAGUAGCAAGUGUACAUUAAGUAAUCACAAGUGUACGUGUCCUAUACAAAUAUUUAAGCAGAUAAGGUAUAUUACAGCCAAAGAUGUAACCGUAUACAGGAAUGGCAAGUGUACACUAGAUACAGCACAGAUAGGAUAUAUUAUACCAAGAAACAGUGCAUUUGGCAGGGAUUACAGUGACAUACUAUUACUUAUAAGACAAAUCAUCAGAAGUAAGAAAGAGUUCAUUUCUUUACCAUUUGAGUUCUUUACCACGUGGAUAGGCUUAAACAUAGGCAUAGUAAUAAUAUUAUACAUAGAAAGAUAUAUUAUAUAAUGAGUAAUAAGUAAUGUAUAAUGAAUAAGAUAUAUUAUAUAAUGAGUAAUAAAU